AUGGAGGAGAGCGCGAUGGACGCCGAGCUCGACAACGCCCGCGAGCACGAGCACAAAGGCACGGGUGGAGAUGGUGCAGCAGACGCAGUGAUGGCGGCCGCGGCGAAUCCCAUCAUUUCGAACCAGCAGCCCCCAUCGCUGACUUCGACGAUGGAUCCUUCGUCGACGCCGGCACCCUACCCUCACGGCGACGCUGCCGAGUCGAGCCAUCUGGAUAUGCGUCAUGGUCAUUCGAGGCAUCGAAGCCAAAGCCGGGGCCGCUCCACGUCGCCCGCAGCCUCGGGACCCAACAAUGGCCAGAUGCCCGACAAUGGCCAGAUUUCCAACCAUCGCUCUCAACAACUGCAGCACCAGCAGCACCAGCCGCCGCCGCCGCCGCCGCCAAGGCUCAGCGGGAGCAGAUGCAUCAAAAAGACGCAGAGCCAGGACAGCGUCCACAAGCUGUCCGCUGCCGAGAUGCAGGAGCUGAUGAACUCGCCCGAGUCUCUACCCAUCGCCCCGGCGCCUCCCCACCGCGCCUCGGUCGACCAGGACCUCGCCUGGCGCUCCUCUCUCCCACGCGACGCCUUCCGACACUAUUCUCCCCUGCCGCUGGCCGACUCUGCCUUCAACGGAUUCCUUCACGCCAGCAGUCCUCAUCCAGAAUCGCGAGGAAGAGGCCGUUGGGAGUCCAUGGACACUCGACAUCGAUCGCUGCACUCGCCAUCCCCGCGGACCCUGUCGACGCCCCCGACGUCCCGCAUCCAGUCCGUCGACGCCUCGCCCUACUCUGCAUUGUCCGACGUCUAUUCCUUCCUUUCCCACCCACCCGGCAGGCCGCCGCCUUUGAACCUGAACAGUGACGGAACCGGCACCUACAACAUUUUCGACCACCCGUCGUACUCGCCCGCCAGCAAGACGGGCCCCGCCGCCGUCCAUGGCGCCAUGGCUCCUCCGACGGCGAAGCCGGCUUCCUCUCCGCGACCGCCCUCCCCGAUGCCGUCCAUGAUACCGCUCCCUCCCAUGUCUCUGCCGACCCACCUGCAGCUCGAGCUGGCCGCUCAACGACCCAGCCCGCUAUAUGUCCACCAGUCUUACUUCAGCGACAUGCCGUACGAGUCCAACGCCAUCAAAUUCGAGCGACUCAAGAACGUCCUUCUCAUGCCCCCCUAUCUCGAAAGGACGCUGUACUUUGGUGCCUUGGCCUGUCUCGACGCUUGGCUCUACACCUUCACCAUUUUACCCAUCAGGUUUGUCAUAGCCCUGGCCGUGCUGGUCAAGUGGUGGGCCGAUGCCGCGGGCAAGAAAUUGAUCCGCCUCCUCGCUUUCUUCUGGAAUGGCGGGCGACGACUGUGGCGACGAGGGCGGCGCGACAGAGGCCUCCUGCUGACCGACGUCUCUGCCGCCGUCGGCUCGGAGCCCGAGAGACCGAGAUCGAGGGGCCGAAGCGUCGCGAGCGAACCCGUCGUGGAGAAUGGGACACCUUCGGCCGCCCGCGAGCGCCUGCAGAAUCCGAGGUCGGACCUGCGCAUCGACGCCAAGGCCGAGCAGCCGAGGAUGGCCCUUGGCUCCCGCGACCCCGGACCGAAGACCGGUACCUUUCGGCAGCGGAGGGCCAGAUCGACGCCUUCUACCCUCUCGGCCUUUCACAAGGCGGACCUACUGCAGGGUGCCGUCAUCGCCUGCAGCUCCCUCGCUCUCAUGACCCUCGAUGCGAGCCGCAUGUACCACUUCAUCCGCGCCCAGUCCGCCAUCAAGCUGUACGUCAUCUACAACAUCCUCGAGGUCGGCGACCGACUCCUCUCCGCCCUCGGCCAGGACAUUCUCGAGUGCCUCUUCAGCACCGAGACGCUGUCGCGAAACGCCAUGGGCCGCUCCAAGGUCCUCUUGCCGCUCGGCAUGUUCAUGCUCGCCUUGUCAUACAACUGCCUCCACUCCAUCUCCCUCUACUACCAGGUCAUCACCCUGAACGUGGCCGUCAACUCGUACUCCAACGCGCUCCUCACCCUCCUGCUGUCCAACCAGUUUGUCGAGAUCAAAAGCACUGUCUUCAAGCGCUUCGAGAAGGACAACCUGUUCCAGCUCACCUGCGCCGACAUUGUGGAGCGCUUCCAUCUCUGGAUCAUGCUGCUCAUCAUUGGCAUGCGAAACAUCGUCGAGGUGGGCGGCCUCUCCGUUCCAGGAGCGGGCUCCGACUCGGUACUCGAGGACAUCUCCGGAUCGACGCCAAACCGCUCAUCGUCCGUCCUGCCGCCUAGCUUUACCUUCUUGCCGUCGUGGAUAAUGUCUGGGGAGGUCCUGUCGCCCUUCUUGAUCGUUAUCGGCAGCGAGAUGCUUGUCGACACCAUCAAGCACGCGUACGUGACCAAGUUCAACAACAUCAAGCCCGCCUUUUACAGUCGGACCCUCGACAUCCUCUGCAAGGAUUACUACACGAAUGCCUUUGUCGCACCAUCUCUCACCCGACGACUCGGACUCGCCGUCAUCCCGCUGUCGUGCCUCUUCAUUCGUGCGUCGAUCCAGACCUACCACAUGUUCCUGUCGACCCACAUCCCGAUGCCGGCGCCGCCCUCGACGCAGACGUCCCUUAGUGAGGAGUCUGCGACGCCGACGUCUCCCGCCAUGAUGGCGGCCCUCAACCGGUUCGAUACGCUGCUUCGGACGUCGCUCGGACGCGCCACCUUUGGCUACCCCUACGGUUCGCCCCUGAAUUCGCGUCGGUGGUACUCUUGGACGUCUGACGAUGUAAUCGCCGCCCUCACCAUGGUCGUCGUCUUCUUCAUCGCCUUCCUUGUUCUCCUCAUGCUCAAACUGCUCCUCGGCAUGGUGCUGCUCAAGUACGCGCGUAACCGAUACUCUGCCAUGAAGCAGAAGGAGGCCCUGAUUGCGCGAGGCCUCGCCGAACCCGAGUCCUACGACGCGCAGGGCAGUCGGGUGGGUGGUCGGGCCGACGUCGAGGUCGGCGAAGACAAGCGACGCUGGAUCAACGUGGACAAGACGGAAGGUCUCACGAGAAACAAAGACGCUGGCGGCAAGGGCGAGUACCAAGGAGUGUGGCGUUACGAGAUGGUGGCGAAGCGCAUUUGGUAG